AUGCUGACUUGUCUAGAACAUUUUCCAAAUGAAUUGUUAUUUCACGUUUUUCGAUAUACUGAUACUCGUGAUCUAUUUCAUGGAUUCUAUGGGUUAAAUCAACGGUUCAUUUCUCUUCUCAAAUCGCUACAAAAUCGAUCGCUGAUCAUUGAAAAAAAUGAAUCAAAACUCAUUUGUGUUUUUCACUGCCAAAUACACAAAUUAGUCGUUGAUACUUGUCUUAAUAUUGAUUUCACGAAAUUUCCGCAUUUGAAAUCAUUAAUCCUAUACGAUUUAACUGAAAAUCAUCUAUCUCAGAUUCGAAGCAAACUCAUGCCUAAUCUUACUUAUCUUUCGGUUGCAUCAACAAAUACAUCAUGGUAUCUGACAGACUUGCUUUCAUGCAUCUUUUCGGACGAAUUACCAUCAUUAACUACUGUUCAACUGCAAAAUCCCAUUCCAGCAUAUUCGAAUAUUUCCUUCAAUAUAUCACUUUCACUUCGAUCCAUAGCUGUGUGUUGUCGGUCAUCAUAUAUAAUCGUCAAUAUUCUUUCAUGUUGCCCCAAUCUUCGUAAACUUCAAAUGAUCGUCAAUGAAAACCAACUCGUUCUAUUUUAUAAUACAACAAUCGUUUCCAACUAUUCCGUAAAAACGUUUAUUCUCUCGGAUGUUUACAGUAUGAUCGAUUCGAAUGAUAUUAUCAAACUUCUCGAAUAUAUGCCGAAUAUCGAACGGUUCCGGUUGAGUUUCACGUGUAGUGUUCCAUUUAUUGAUUUUGCUCGAAUAGUCGUUGAUCGAUCACCGCAUCUAGAUGAAUUCGAUUGUCAUAUUGAGAUGUCAACGGAUGAUGACAUGACCUGUAUUGAAUCUCUACAUCAAUUGCAUCCUGCUUUGAAACGUAUUACAUUUACAUCCGAUGAAAUUGGAUAUCGAACAUAUUCAACAGAUUAA